AUGCAUAACCCGUAAGCACUUGUUUCUAACGAAACAAAAAACACUUGUUAAAAUGAAUUCCUUCCUUUUGAUUAUCGUGUUUCUUCAUCUUUGUUGGGUUUCUCUAAGUCUGAGCGCAGAGACAGUGUGCAUUGAAAGUGAGAGAGAGACAUUGUUGAAGUUGAAGCAUCAUAUCAUUGAUCCUUCAAAUAGACUUUCUUCUUGGAAUGCUUCUCUCAAUCCCAAUUGUUGCCACUGGGAUGGAGUUCUCUGCAACAACAUCACAUCUCAUGUUGCAGAGCUUCACCUCAGCACUCCAUUUCCUCUUUACGAUGAGAGCCUACUUGAAGAUGUUUAUGAAGAAACAAUGGAAGAGUAUAUUAGAUCUCCAUUUGGUGGAGAGAUAAAUCCUUGUUUGGUUGAUUUGAAGCAUUUGAAUUACUUGGAUUUCAGCUACAAUCUUUUUCAAAUUCCAUUUCCGUCUUUCAUUACAACAAUGACUUCCUUAACUCACCUCAACCUUUCUAAUGCUGGAUUCGUGGGGAACAUUCCUCCUCAGAUUGGAAAUCUCUCCAAUUUGCUCUAUCUUGAUUUAAGUUAUGCUGCCAACGGAACAAUUCCUUCUCUGAUAGGGAAUCUCUCCAAUUUGCUCCACCUCGAACUCACAGGAUAUUAUUAUGAAAAUGUUGAUUGGCUGUCAAGUCUUUCCAAGCUUUGUUAUCUUCACUUGAGCAACACUCUGUCAAUUCCUUCUUUUCUUGGCUCAAUGACCACUUUAACUCACUUGGACCUCUCCGAUUAUGGAUUUAUGGGCAACAUUCCUUCCCAGAUAGGUAAUCUUUCCAAUUUGGCGUAUCUAGACUUAGGUUAUGUUGUCGAUGGAACUAUUCCCUCUCAAAUUGGAAAUCUCUCCAACUUGCUCUACCUUGAUCUUCAAAGUUAUUAUUCUUUUAUUGGAAAUUAUGACUGGCUGUCAAGUCUUUCAAAACUUGAAUAUCUUGGUUUGAGUGGUGCAAACCUAUCCCAAUCAUUUCAAUUGCUUCACACCCUCCAACUUCUUUCUUCUUUGAAGCACUUACAUUUGUCAGAAUGUACACACCCUCGGUAUAAUCAACCAUCCUUUGUUAACUUUUCGUCUCUCCUCACUCUUGAUCUUUCCUAUAUUGCUUAUCAUUCUACAAUUUCUUUUAUUCCAAAGUGGGUAUUUGGACUGAUAAAACUUGUUUCUCUUUUCAUAUAUCAUAACUACUUUGAAGGUCCAAUUCCCGAUGGUCUUAGAAACCUCACACUUCUUGAAAAUCUUGAUUUGCAUAUGAAUUCAUUAUCAUCUUCUAUACCUCAUUGGCUUUUUGGUGUUCUUUCUCAUCUCAAGUUUUUGGACCUAUCAUAUAACAACUUACAAGGGAUUAUUCCUGAUGCCUUAGGGAAUUUGACUUCUAUGGUUACACUUGAUAUGUCAAACAAUAAAUUUGAAGGUCCAAUUCCAACUUCUUUUGGAUAUCUCUGCAACUUAAGGGAGAUUCAUUUCUCUGAAAACAAAAUUGGUGGAGAACUUCCAGUAUCACUUGGAAAACUUUCAUCUUUGAGAUAUCUUUAUAUGUCCAAUAAUCAAUUUAGUGGAAAUCCAUUUGAGAUUCUUGGAUCACUUUCUAAAUUAUCAUUUCUUGAUAUUGAAUAUAAUUGUUUUGAAGGAGUUGUCAUCGAACAUCAUCUCGCAAAUCUUGUGAGCUUGAGUCAUUUUUCUGCAGCAGGAAACCAUUUGACUUUAAAAGUGAGUCCCAAUUGGCAUCCUACUUUUCAACUUAUUUAUUUGGAUAUAAGUUCUUGGAAAUUAGGUCCCAAAUUUGAAUAG